CGUGCAACCUUCCCUCAAAAAUCCUGUCAUCGGAAACAUGCUAGUAACUCUCGGACACGUGGCAAGGUCCGGCAGCAGUAGCCGCGUGACGCGGUCAGGGUGAGAAGGUGGUCGAGCACGUGCGCGCCGGGACCCUUAGCCCAACUUAUACCCCCCACUCGAGCCUCUGAACUAUCGAUAUAGAUAGAGCCCGAUGCUUUGGCCGAUAUUGUUAUAAGCUAAACUAGAGGCUCGAGCAGCAGCAAGUACAGCGCUCUCGUCGAUCCGAUCGGAAGUAAGAGAAGCAGCUCCGUCUCUCAGUGGUUGCAGUUCGGUCCCUCGAGCCAGUGCAGGCGCAUCGAUUCGUUUCGCGCAGUUUGUACCUAAGGUAACGCGCCAAUAUGUGGGACGACGAGCCAUCACCAUGGGACGCUGAAGAGCCCGCGCCGGCAGCGGAAGGCGAAGCGGCCGGAGAUGGUACCGCGGCUCCAGCAGCAGCGGCUGCAGCGACCGAUGAAAAGUAUGACUGGAGAGCGGCUAAGCUGCCCAUGGCUCCCCUGCCACACUACACUCUACACUGGGUGCGACCGCUCGUUCUUAACUACCGUUACAUCUACGACUACAGGCAAAACUACUACAACGACGUGAUUGACUGGAUGAACAAGAGGAACAAGGGACUCUACCGCGAGACACCACGUGCCCAGGAAUGGUCCGAGCGAGUCAUGAGGACAUACGACGAGAAGAACCUGGACAAGAGUCACAAACGCUCCUCGGACAUGGGCAUCCUCACGAGCUGCAAACCCGUCGUCCGACACUACAGCUACCACACCAGGGCCUACUACAGUCUCAAGUACCAGAAGAUUCUCUGAGCGCCUCUGUCUAUAUAAAAUCGAGUACGUAUACGAUCAAAAACGACGAAAGAAAGAAAAAAUAAAAACGCGAAAGAAUAAAAAACAGUUAUUAUCGCAUCGACUGUCGUCGUGAAUGAGCCUCGUAUUACAUACAAAAAAACGAAGAUACGAUCAAAGUGUGCCUGUAAUCUCGUGGCUCUGUAGGCCCACGAAUUUGGAAACUUACAGUCGGCUCUGCAAGGCUUUGGAUGACUUUGGAAGCUUAACAGAGAAUUUAAUUGGAAUUGUGACGAUCACGUAGCACGAUUCCAAUCAAAUGCAUGUUAUGUCGAAUGAAAAUAUUUAAAUACGCUCAGCUGAUGACGAAGCCCUUCCAGAUUCGUGUGUGCAAAGUUUAACGAAGAGCAUACCGAUCGACGAAAGACGACGCGACGUCAGAUCCAACAGCGAUUUUUUUGCGGGGAUUUGCCUGUCGGUGAUAUGAGUGUGUUGAAAUUAUAAUACAGCAAUGCGAAAGUAGCCUCUCGAGCAUAGUUCUUUUCAUUUUUCACGCUUAUUAUUUAUAUGCAUAUACAUUGUUACUUUGUGUAUAACGACGAAUUCGGACUGGAUUAUAUCUGGACGACGCAACGCCAUCGCAUGACUAUAGGCGAUAUGUGUAGUCGUGCGCUGGAAGUGACGUCGUCUUGCAUUUAAAAUUGCGUGUAAUGAUCGAUCAUUUGUAUCCGCGAGAUAAGCGAGACAUUUUAUUCAUUAAGGCGCUAUGUAAACGUUCUGUAAAACAUUUAAUGAAAUUCUGUUCUCUUUGUGUGUAUUAUUAUACUCUCGGGAUUCUUUUCUGUAUAAUAUCGUCGAUUUUAUUUUGAUUUGCGAUACGACGAAGGGUGUAUUUGUUCAUUGUUUCGUACAAUGUCAUCGACGAUGUGCAACGAUGCGACGCAGCACUGAAAAUCGUGAAAAUGAAUGAAAUAAAAUGUAUAACUGAUAUGAAAGGGACUA